CGACACCCAACUCGCAUCUCAGUCGUCUCCUCCAUCUCUUCUUCUCCAGCGUCCGAUCUCCGCCCGUUUACAAAUCCUCAGGAAAAAUCUCAGGUGCGAUUCUAGAGGUUUUCUGCGGCGGCGGAAAUGGCGGACGGGCACGGUUCCUCGCAGCGUCCGGGGAGUCCAGGCGGCGGAAGCCACGAGAGCGGGGAUCAUAGCCCGAGGUCGAAUGUUCGAGAGCAGGACAGGUUUCUCCCCAUCGCCAAUAUCAGCCGGAUCAUGAAGAAGGCUCUCCCUCCCAACGGUAAGAUUGCCAAGGAUGCCAAGGAGACUGUCCAAGAAUGCGUCUCUGAGUUCAUCAGCUUUAUCACCAGCGAGGCAAGCGACAAGUGUCAGAAGGAGAAAAGGAAAACUAUCAAUGGUGAUGAUCUUCUCUGGGCAAUGGCAACAUUAGGCUUUGAGGAUUAUAUUGAUCCACUCAGAGUUUACCUCAAUCGGUACAGAGAGAUGGAGGGAGACACAAAGGGAUCUGCUAAGGCUGCUGAAGGUUCCUCCACUAGAAGAGAUGGAGGACACCCGGUCCCUGAUUCGCAGCUUCUGCAUCAAGGUUCAUUCUCACAAGGAAUAAGCUAUGGUGGCUCUCAGGGACGACAUAUGAUGGUUCCAAUGCCAGGCCUGGAGUGAUUAAGGGGUUCUUCUCCGGAGGAGGAUUAAAUAUGUAAAUUGGAUCAUUCUGCUACAUGUUUUGUUUUCUGUUUUUUUUUGUUUUUAAUUGCACGAUCCAUUGAUCUUUGCAUUCUCAAAUGUCAGAGCUCUGUGUCUGAUUUAUUAAGGUUUGUAAAGUCAGUAGUGUGUGCAUUUGAUCUGAUUUAUACUAGAACACAAGCACUCGUACCUAUUUUCUGCCUUUGUUUUUGGUGAUUAUUUAAGCACUUUUUAGCUUUUAACAAACACAAAUUCUUAGGGAAAAAAUUGACUCAAGAUUG